CGGCGAUGAGAAUUAUAACAGAUUUGCGUUUACAGAAUGAAUUGAGCGCUGUUUUCAUCUGCAGUAAGGGAUGCGCUUCUGGACUCGUGUGAAUUAGCCGGCGUCAGGCUUUGUUGUUCAGGAUGGUUAAACUUCGACUACUCAACGUGAUUGCCCCUGCAUACUUCUACACUGCCACUGUGGUCACAUUCGCCCUCUACUUCCUCCUGUUCAUGCCCACUAUUUUCCAAACCCCAGGUGUAGCGUUAAGUCCCUCCAUGCUGGUCCACACUGCCGUCUUUCUGUUCUUCCUGGGGAAUGCUCUGGGUAAUUACACUAUGACUAUACGGUACCCAUCUGAGAGUGCCAAUGAGACCGUUAUUCCGGUCUGUUCACCGGAUUGCUCAGACAGAAUAGAUGCACACUACCUCUUGAAUGGACGCCACUUCUGUAAAGUGUGUAAGAAGGUGAUUCUUAAACGGGACCACCAUUGCUUUUUCACAGGAAAUUGUAUUGGGAAUAGGAACAUGCGUUACUUUAUUAUGUUCAGCAUCUAUACGUCCUGUUGUUGCCUGUACUCCUUGGUAAUUGGGGUGGCCUAUUUCACAAUAGAGUACUCCAUUUCUUUUGAAAACCCAUUGACGUUCCUCACACUUUUGCCCCUGACCACUGGCUAUUUCUUCCUUGGUUUGAUUUCAGGUCUUCAGUUCUUUCUGGUUAUAAUGCUUUAUAUCUGGCUGGGUAUAGGGCUUGUGAGUGCUGGCUUCUGCUGUCAACAACUUCUACUAGUGGCCCGAGGGCAGACCUGGUGUGAGCUGCAAAAAGGUCAAUUGUCAGAGUGCCGUGGUACCUGGCGGGCCAACCUGAGUGACGUUUUUGGUUCACGAUGGGCUCUGGGCCUUUUCCUGCCAGUACAGACUGUUGAGACCAUACCUGGCAACUGGCAGAUCUACCAUGACCACAAACAUGACUAAAGACCUGAAGACUCACUUUUUGCCAUAUCAUUGUGUUCAUCAUAAUUUGACCUGUAUUGUUGUGUGUGAUAAGGGCUUCGAUUAAUUAAAGUUGUAUAAGACCAUCCAGCUGAUCUAGAUUUUUAGUGGGUUUCUGUCAUCACUGCACAAAUUAGGAGAGUGUUAUGUAAAGAUAUGGUACAGUACUACCCAUAUCAAUGUCUAUCAGUAGGGGUGCACCGAUUGAUCGGCCACCAAUCGGAAUCAGCCGAUAUCCUUCUUAAAUCUGCGAUCGGCCAAUCGUGCCUAGAUCUAGGGCCGAUUUGUUUUGC